GGCUGCUGACCUGGCUGAUGCCCUCUGUCGCUCCACCAGUACCUCCUGGUCCAGGCAGCCCACUGUCAGACAGCGAGUACCAUCUCUUCUUCGCCAGCCUGUGGCCACCCUGGAAGGCGCAUGUGUCCUGCCAGCUGCGUCGCUUACAGGGCUGCCUCAGCCCCGCCAUCCUGCAGCUGGAUCAAGUGGAGAACCAUGGCUAUGUCCCCAAAGGGCCAGUCUGCUCUGACUUCCCAGAGGCACCGUGGUUUCAGAGCUUCUGCCAGUUCGCCCAAUACCGCUGCUUCAAUCGCCAGUUCUACGUCAAGCUGCUCUUACCCCCAUCAGCUUUCUGGCUGGCCUCAGAAAUGUGCACUCAGCCUCCUCAUCUCACUAUUUCCCCAGCUCCAGGGCGGGCUUCUCUCUUGCCCUCUGACGCUCUGCCGCGUGCCAACAUGGACACUCUCCGGAAGUACUCCUACACACUGUCGAGGCAGAAAUCGCUGCUGAGGAAGCUCCCUCUCGCUGUGCCAGGGUUGCCAAGAGCCCCACCGAACCUGCCAGCCCCGUCUGCCCCUGGCCCCUUGCCUCCCCGGAUGGGAUUCCAUACCCAGGCAGCGCAAGCCUGGGAGCAACAGCUGAAGAGCAGCGUGUGGCAGCUGAUCUACUUGGCCCUCUCCUUGGAGACAUCCCUGGGCACCAAGGGCUCUUCUCCAGACUACAGCACCGAGUCAGACCCAGGCAGCGCAAAGUCAGGCAGCACCAAUGAGGAUUUGCUGGAAAUGAACUCCCAUGGCAGCCUUUUAGCCCUGGAGAAGGAUGAGGCAGUGAUGAUCCUGUGCUAUGCAGUCCUGGAGGGAAACUGUCUCUCAUCAGUGUUCACCCAGGCCUGGAAGGAGAUGGAAGAAAACCUCUUUGGGUUCGGAGAUUCGGUCUGUGACAGCCUUGGGCGGCGUCACAUGGACAUAUGUCCUGACUGCGCCUUCUGCUCGCUGAAGAGGGAGCAGUGUCAGAACAUCCAAAAACUGAACCGCGUUCACUGUGGGAUGGGAACCUUCACCACCUACAUCAACCCUCAGAUCUCAGCCCAGUACCAGGCUGUGGUCAACAAGACCAGCUUCUCAGGUACCUCAGAGUUCUAUGGCAUGGAGGUUCUCAGAAGGCUGAGGGUGGAAUACUGGUGCAGCCAGAUAGCCAUCCAUGGCUGUGAGGACUCUCGUGUGACUCUCUGGCUGAAAAUAGAGUAUAUGGCCUUCCAAGAUGGAGAUGUCCCAAGCCAGAUCUGUGACUCAAGCGGACUUCAGCACCCCAGCUACUGCGCGUUCAAAAGCCACCAGUGUCUCCAGCAGAGCCUCUACAAUCAGAGGGUGACUCGACGUGGCUGCUACAGAAAUGAGACAUACCAGGUGCUGAGUGAGAAGGAGGGAGAGGAGAAGGUGCAGCUGUGGCACCAGAGGUUCCUCAGCCUCACCAAGGGAUGA